UACUUACCUUCGUGGAUCUUCCAAGAAAAAGCUGAAGAAAUAUGGGAAAGAGAUAAAAGUCACAAAAUUGCCUUCUUGUAUGGUUAAGCAACCCAAUAAUUGUGAAGAAUAACAUCACUAAUUUAUUUGCUAUACCUACUUAUUUUUUUUUCUAAAAUUGGUGAAGGGAUAAGAACGUUAUUAUUACAAAACGAAGGCAAAUUAAGGACAAACUACAAGACAUUCCUCGUUACGGUUAAAAAUAUUGACAACAUCAUUAUUAUGGAGGAGUGGUUUCAACCCCAGAAUCUGAACUACUUUCUUAUAAUAGCAAUAACAAUAUUAUCAUGUUAUCUAUACUGCUCUUACAAACUAAACUACUGGAAAAGGAGAGGUGUUAUACAACUGAAAAAUACAAGUAAGAUAUUUGGGGAUUUCAAGGAUGGAAUUUUGUUUCGAACUGCACCUGGCUACCAUUUGGGCCAGCUGUACAAAGAGGCGCCCGCUGACGCUCCUUACGUUGGAUUCUACAUUUUCCACAAACCGUGCCUCCUGCUGAAAGAUCAGGAGAUUAUCAAGCAAAUACUGAUCCGCGAUUUCGAUAACUUCUCCAACCGGCACUUUGCGGGCUCCUUACAAAAAGACAGCAUCGGCAUGGUCAAUCUCUUCGGCAUAAACAACCCUGCUUGGAGAUACUUGAGAAGGAUGAUCACCCCGACGCUGUCCCGGGGAAAACUCAAGCAAAUGCUUCCGCUGAUGAUAGAAACCGGUAAACCUAUGAUGGAUCAUUUGGACCACUUGACUGAUUGUAAAACACCUAAAGUUAUUGAUGCCCAGGACGUUAACUACAAGUAUACAGCUGACCUCAUCUCUAACGUCGCUCUUGGCACCAAGACUAAUUGCUUUAACUUCCCCGACUCCGAUUAUUGCAAAAACGUUAUGGCGUUUUUCCAUUCCUUCAAGAGAAUGGUGGCUUUGGUCACAGUAUUUUUCACGCCAGAACUCGUUAAAAUGGUCGGAUCUCCUAUUUUAUUUGAUUCGACGUUCAUCGGAAAAAUGUUUUGGAAUGCUGUGGAGUCACGCGAAAAAAGCAGGGAAAAAAGAGGAGACUACAUUGACUCAAUCAUUAACUUGAAAAAUGGGACGCAGGAUUCUCUUUACAAAUUCGAUGGUGACAAUCUUUUGUUCCAAUCCGGAACAUUCUUCUCCGGCUUUGAAUCGAGCUCGACAGUAGCCGCUUUUACACUCAUGGAGUUGGCAAAAGAGAAAAAUAUCCAAGACCGAGUUAGAGAGGACGUCAAACGUGCCAUCGAUAAGCAUGGGUGGACCCUGGAGGCCUUUUCUGAAAUGAAAUAUUUGGACCAAUGCAUUUCAGAAGGAAUCAGGCUGCAUCCCUCGGUUACUACUGUUGAUCGUAUCACUUUUGAAGACUACCAGAUCCCGAACACAGAUGUCGUUAUCGAGAAAGGAACCCCUGUCUACAUUACACUGUAUGGUCUGCACGGCGAUCCACAAUACUUUGAGGAGCCAGAAAAGUUUAAGCCGGAUCGUUUUGACAGCGACAGAAUCGUACCUGAUGCGUACAUGCCCUUUGGUGCUGGGCCUAGGAAAUGUGUUGGUGUCCAAAUUGGCCAAUUGCACGUGAAAGUGGUGUUAUCCAUGAUUUUGUCCGAGUACGAAGUGCGUCAACCGAAAUCAGCGGAAGUCAAAUUGGACAACCGGUCCACCGUUACAUCAGCUGCUGAAGGAAUCAACUUGGAAUUCAUUAAACUAUAAACAUUGUUAUUUAUAUCUCAUAAUCUUAACGGAAACUAACGAUCUGAAUGGGUAUAGUUUUCUAUGUGUCAGUCACAUUAACGAUAAAGAAAUAGGUAGCUUUAAUCGCCCGAUUUUUCGUAUCAAUUAAUAGUAGGUCAACAAAGCGGUUAUCACUAUCUCCAAAGUCAACUUUAUUAUUGUUAAUUACAAUUGUAUGCCAGAUUAAGAUUGGAUGUUUAUUUGAAAACGUGACGUUCACGCUUAUCAUGUGACGUCGAAUGUUUUGUUUUAGAUAUUCGCUAUAUCGACCAUUCAACCAGCGGUCCUAAGUCUUUGCCCUCCAAUAGUACAGUGGGUCACAGUUCCAGCUACCUAUUUCCGCUUUUUCUCUCGCUCUCAUCAAGUGGUGAUUCUUUGCGUCAGAACGAGACGUUAUGACAGUGGCCCAUAGUAACAUGUGGAGUGUAAUUGUUCGAAUUCUACAAUAAUGAACUUUGAGUUGCCCAUCCUGAAUCCCGAAUUCAAUAUUAUCAGUCUAUACAUUAUUUGUCCACAACGAGGAAGCUCUUGACCUGCAUCUCGUUUGUUCGUUCGUUUCAGAACGAAAGAAAGAAAGACGAACCGAAAGACGUCCACUGCUGGACAAAGGCCUCCCCCAAGGAUUUCCACAAAGACCGGUCCUGUGCACCUCCCGCGACCUUCACCAGAUCGUCGGUCCACCUAGUGGGAGGCCUCGAGAACUUUUGAGAGCUAUAUUAUAUCGGUCACUUUGGUUCUUCUGCGACCUGCAUCUCACCUGAUGGAAACUGAUGAUCAGGCCGAAGGUGGAAGCGACCUGAAAUCCUCAACGACAGAGGAACUGGCUAACUUCCUUCCAACUGCUGGAACACAACAAUGCUGAACAUUGUUUUUAUGGUGUUAGACCUAAGUAUGGUGAACACUUUUAGACCGCUACUGUUUUUUUAAUUGUAGUUUGUACCUCAUACCUACUUAUGUUGAUAGUUAGUACUUAUUUUUUCAGCCUUUAGUGGUA